GGCGCAGUAAUCUAGCAUUUCUCAGAGUAGGAAGUGCUGCUUGCGGUAACAGUGAAUUGAAAGUACGCCAUAAAUAUGGCGCCAAAAGAGUUUUCAAGCUGAUGAUAAGAGCUGAUUUUUUUUUUCUCUCUCUGUGUUGUCUUUUUUUUUCUGGGUGGUGGGUGGGAGAGGUUGCAAGACAAGACCCGCCUGUGCAUUUGUGCUAAGCGGCGUGCACGUACGCCGGGUAGAGGAGUGGAAGCAAGGCAAGACGGCAAGUGAAGACGAGGAGAGCGCAAUGUUUUAUUUUUGAAGGAGGGACGUUGCGAAACUGGCUUGCAAUCUUUUCUGACUCAUCGUUUGGAAAUAAAGCAUCCUUUUCUUUUUCUUUUUUCUUUUUUUUUUUUUUUACCCCUCCUCCUCCUCCUCUUGCUUCUCCGUCCCCUCCUCCCGUACUGCUGGCACUGGAGAGGAAAACACAGCCGGAUUUUGACACCACGCUUGGGUCUGCUUUUGCAAAAUGCGACAUGCUUUCCUGCGAGCGGUGUGUUGUGCGCACCUCGCAGCCUGCUAAACCGUGAAACAGCGACAGGACGAGCGGCGGAACCACGGGGUUUGUUGUUGUUGUUGACUUGAAAAAAAAAGGCUUCAACUCCGUCUGGCUGCCACUUUUUGGAUUUUAUUUCGGAUUUGAAAUCGGUCGCCGGUCUUUGCAGAGCUGACGCGCUGUCAACACGCACCGUGAGGGGAAGGGAAGGGAAGGGAAGGGAGGGGAAGGGACAGUCCUGUCACCCAACGUGGAUCUAGAGUCGGGGCUGUUUAGCAGCGCUGCUAGCAGCCUGCCAGGGCACCGAGUGGGCAAACUGAACUAGUGCUAAAACCUCCACUGUAAAACUACAUGUGCCUGGCUCCCAAUGAUCUCCUAAUCUCUGGGAAUCGCUCGCCGUCCAGGAUUGAGGACGUCUCUGCACCCGAAGCUGACUGCAAUCAAGAUGGAGAGCGAAAAGAAGAGGAGAAAGUAUUCCACAAGCAGCAACGACUCCGACACAACCGACAGUCAGGUGACGUCGUGGUCCAGGUCAUCCAAGAAUACGGGCACCAGCAGCACAUGGGUCCGCCACCAGCACAAGAAACCAUCAGAGGUAUUUCGUACCGACUUCAUCACGGCCAUGAAGCUGCCGGACUCGGCUCAGCUCGGCCCAGACGACUUCUACGUGCUCUCGGACCCGUGGAGGCAAGAGUGGGAGAAGGGGGUACAGGUCCCUGCUAACCUGGAGGCCAUACCAGAGCCUGUGGUCAGGUUGCUGCCGGAGUCGACAGGCGGCUCGUCCGGCAACAGAGAGGAGAGGGAGGGCGACAGCCAGCGUCCUCCCACCCAGAGCUACAGCUGCUACGACCUGGAUGACCUGGACGUCGCCUGGCUGGAGCUGGUCAACCACGAGUUCAGACAGAUGGCAUUACCGGAGCUGGACGAGCUGACGAUGGAGUGCGUCCUGGUCGAGCUGGAGAGCGUGUGCGAGGAGAAGAUGCGGCAGGCCAUCGAGACCGAGGAAGGCCUGGGCAUCGAGUACGACGAGGACGUGGUGUGUGACGUCUGUCGCUCGCCGGAGGGGGAGGACGGCAACGAGAUGGUCUUCUGUGACAAGUGCAACGUCUGCGUCCAUCAGGCGUGUUAUGGCAUCCUGAAGGUACCCCAGGGGAACUGGCUGUGUCGGACCUGCGCUCUGGGCGUCCAGCCCAAAUGUCUGCUCUGCCCCAAGAGAGGGGGGGCCCUCAAGCCCACCCGUAGUGGAACCAAGUGGGUCCACGUCAGCUGUGCCUUAUGGAUCCCUGAGGUGAGUAUAGGCUGCCCAGAGAAGAUGGAGCCCAUUACCAAGGUGUCCCACAUCCCCGCCAGCCGCUGGGCUCUGUCCUGCAGCCUGUGUCGAGAACACACAGGAACCUGCAUACAGUGCUCCAUGCCCUCCUGUAUCGUGGCCUUCCAUGUGACGUGCGCCUUCGACCACGGCCUGGAGAUGAGGACCAUCCUGGCAGAGAACGACGAGGUGCGCUUCAAGUCCUUCUGCCUGGAGCACAGCUGCACUGCCAGCAACAGCAGUACAAACAUCAACAGCGCCUCCAGUCUGACCAGUGUGAGCAACGGCAACCACACCACCAUUUCCACCACCAACGGAGCACACAGCGCAGCCAAACCUGACUGGACCGCUGCCGGCGUCGGUCACGAGCUCCGGUUGGACCAACGCCACCAGCCAAACAGCAGCAGUGACCCGGAGCAGAGGUCAGUGCUGUACCCGGUUUCAGUGUCGGCAUCGGAGCGGGCCGAGCGGGACCUGCUGGAGAGAGAGAAAGUGAGCCAGAGGAAACAGAAGCUCCAGGAGCUGGAGGACGAGUUUUACAGACUGGUGGACCCCGGGGAGGUGGCUGAAAACCUUGCGCUGCCCGUCUCCCAGGUGGACUUCUUAUAUCAGUUCUGGAAAUUGAAGAGGAAGGCCAACUUUAAUCGACCUCUGGUGACCUUAAAGAGGGACGAGGUGGACAACCUGGCCCAACAGGAGCAGGACGUCCUCUACAGACGCCUCAAGCUCUUCACACACCUCCGACAAGACCUGGAGAGGGUGCGUAACCUGUGCUACAUGGUGACACGGAGGGAGAAAAUGAAACACACCCUGUGCGACCUCCAGGAGAAGAUCUUCCACCUGCAGAUACAACUGCUGGAGGAGGACAUCGCUGGAGGUAAGAGAAAACAGAAAACCCAGAAGGGAGAAAAGAGGAAGCAGAAUGGAGUGAAGGAGAAAGGGAAGGAGAGGAGGAAGAGUAGUCCUGAGAAGAAAAAGGAGAGAUUGAAGUCAGAGAACGGCUCCCUGCUGAAAGAGCUAGGGUUGUCAAAGUCCUUCCCGUUGGACAACUCUUUGUUUGACAGCUGGCUCGCCCAGUCGGUUCAGAUCACCGCUGACGACAUGCUGAGCCAGUGGGCACUGGGUGCCCAGCAUCGGGACAAGAGCGGCAGCCUGCUCUCUGACCAGCUCCUGCAGGGUGAGGAGAGCUUGUUGAACCUUAUGAUGGAAAACUCCAUGCAGUCUACCUGGAAAACACCCCAGCUGGGCCGCAAACCACGAGGGAGCAACAAGCCCCGUGCUCGUGGACACCCGCAUUCCACCACACCUAGUCAGCCCCAGGCACUCCUGUCUUCAGCGGCUGCCUCCACCACCUGCAGCCCCUCCACUGCAAAGAGCCACUGGAUGAGCAUGGCCGAGGAAAAGUCCAGCCACGUGAGCCGAAAAGGUGAAAGGUCCCGGGGCUCCUCCAAGGCCCUGCACCACCACCACCAGGCCAGGAGCUCUGACCUGCACAGGGACCCUCCGCCGCAGCCACCCAUUUCCAAAAUGGAUUCCUGUCACAUCUCAGAGGACCCGGGCCGGUGGGAGAACAUCCGCACAGGGAAUGGCAUUGCAUCAGGGGCUGGAUCUGGUUUCACCACAAGUUCCUCUCCACCUCUGGCCUCCAGCCCUGGGGUCACGGUGCCUGACACCGGGGCCAUCUUUCGUGGCGGGGCACCACGGCUCCGUCUGUCCCGCCAGGGUAAAUCCAGAGGUAGGGGCUUCGGUGGAGGUGGAGGCAUAGCAGAGCUGGAGACUGUGGACCUACCACUCACAGGAAAGGACGCAUCCCUACUGGACACUGCCGAGACUGACGGGUACUUCUCUGAUGGUGAGCAGAGUGAUACAGACACGCGCUCUGGUGGACGCAAACUCCGCUUGCCGCAGUUGCAUUCUGGGAACGAGGACCUGCUGAGAAGGAGCGUGCUGGCUUCCUAAACCACAGAGACUCCAGCUCACACACACAAACACACAGUUAUCCAAGCAACCGAGUACCACUGGCUAAUUGCUUCUCCAUCUGUGCCCAGUAUACAGUCUGCCGAACACGGCUAUAUGGCUUUGUUCAACCAAAUCCUUGUCACAUUUACCAGUGGAAAUUCUCUUCAGCUUUUACCUGCUUUGAUUUUGGGGUGAAUUUGAAUGUAGCUGUUUGCCUGUCGUACAGUAAAGCUUCUCCACCGGACCGUAGUUAGCUUACCACGAGACGCGAUACAUUCAACAAAUAGGAAACAAACAUUACCCUUAGGCUUUUUUUUGUUCUGUAUUUCAGAUUUGUUCUGUUUCUGGGUGUUGAAGUACCCUUUUCUGGCCUCAUGUCUGUGGUAUCUGCCAGACUUGGGAACAGACACUUCUGGGCAUUAUUGUUAUUAUUAUUCAAGCUGGUUUCAGGGUCUGCUUUGCUCUUGGUCUUUAUGGCCUGAGAUGCAACCAAUGAGUUCUUGUUUUCUUGAAUAUGUUCAGUGGAAAGACAAUUUCACACCAGAGCUGGUCUGAAUAUAUACAGAUGGUGACGUGGGACAACAUGUAUUCAGCCUUGAAAAGCACAACUAGCUAGUCGUAAGAGCUGUAAUGUAAGCACUCGUGUGUGCAUAAUAGAUGUUCAUUCAGGGUUGGGGUCACUUCUUAUUAUGUUGACUCGGUUGUAAAAUGUACAUUAAAGCCGGCAUUCUCAAAUUUAUCUUCUCCAACUAAAAGGAACAAAACAGUUUUCCAACUUUUCCAGUUUUUGAAAAGCAACUCGACUGACCCCAACCCUGGUGCUCAUUCAGAUUGUCACACAGAAACACAAACACAUAGACAUACUGACACACAUACUACUAUAAGCAAAUCCUUUGCUCACAUCGCAGCCAUUGAAAUAUUUGAUCUGACUUUUGUCAGCUGCUUUCAGAUUCUUCCCGAUUCCUAGUUCUGUUUUUUUUUUUUUUGUUGUUUUGUUUUGCUUUUUUUUUUGUUUGUUUGUUUAAUUUUUUAGCCUGAAUCUUUGGAGAAAUUUCAUCGUAGAAACUCUGUGCCUUCUGUCGCUUGCCCUGUGCCCCGUCCUCCCCUCAACCCCCUGCCCCCUUCCCCACCUUAUCACUCAACCAAACAAUCAGUAAGUAGAUCAAUCAGUCGUCUCCUAAUCGGAUUUGUAACAAUCAAACCAAAAGAAAAUCCCGUUGGACUGGUUACAGAAUGUAGCCAACAUUGGGCUCCUUGUCACCUUAAUUGUCUAGUGCCUGAAACAAGGAUGUAAAUGCAGCGUUUGCCAUUAAUCAACAAAGCGUCUGCAGCGGUUAGCACAGCAGAGCCACACUGUACUAUCAGCGCAAAGAGCUGCUUACUGUUCUGUGCCCCCUGCCCCACUCACUAUAUGGCUGCAGCUCAGAGCCAUCGAUGAGCAGAGUUUAGCCAGGUUACACUGUGACCACCAUGUUGCUGCAGUAGAUACACAUGGAGAAGCUGGAAAAAAACAACUAAUUGUCCAAUUUUGUAUUUUGGGUAGCCUGUUUCUUCAGUCCACAAAAGUGGUAUGAAUCAGCAAUACUCAACUCGCGGUCUUAAAAGUGGAAAAACAUGUUUUAUGAGCAACACAAAAAUUACAAUUGCUCUGCAAAACAUUUUCCUGUAGUCUCCUAUAAAAUGGUGACUCACUGUCCUGGUUGUGUAGUGAAACCCUCAGAAGUCACAUUUAUUUCUGGCUCCUACAUGUACUGCAUCAGUGUAGUGAGAUGCCCAACACUGUUUUAACCAGCUAAGCACUGAGCGGGUUUCUGGUACCAACAUGGCCGCCACUGGAGUCUGACAUGGACAAGCUCUUGAAACUGAUGGCUGUGCUGCUCCUGUGCUCCUGUUAGAUGAAUGAUGACAAUGUAAUAAUCAGCUUCAGAGGCCUGUGCGCUUAAGUUCUUGAAUUGAGUUGUUUGUAUUUUUUUUUUUAAAGACUUUUUGUUGUUCUCUCAGAGAGUUGUAUUUUGUACUUAUAAAGCAGUCCAUGGUAUUCUCAGGGGUUACAAAAAAAACUUUAAAAAAAGAAUAAAAGGUUAGAAAAAUUUAUUGGAAAAGCGACGUAAGACAUAGAUACAUAUAUAUACAUACAUAUUUUAUAUCGUAUACAGUAUAUAUAUAUAAAGUGAUGUGUGUAUGUCUAGAAACUUCCUUAUUUGGCAAGCUUCACUGUUUGAGCUCCUACACGACUACUACUGAGCAUGUUCCUUCUCUCAGUACGACCAUACAAACAUCAGCCCUGGGUUCAAUAGUCUCAACCAAUAAUUAAUGCUCGAUUUAACUUAACUCUGAGUUACAAGGUGAGUGGAACAGCUCAUAGAAUAUUGGUCAACUACAAGAAAGGACUUUAUUUUCAUGCUCUCAGCUUUCUUGCAGCCGAGACCCCAUCUGUCUGGUUCCAAAUUAAGAGUGAAGUAAAGCAUCACAAGUGAUUUUUAAGGGCUGCUUGACCCAGGCCUGAUGAACAGACACAUAAUAGAGGUGUCCAGUCUACUUCCUCUGUUUUUGUUUUGUUUUCUGUUUGGACAGCCUCUAACCUGUCUUCUGAAGUGACCACGCCAAAGAACAGAUCUGUGCAUCAAGGCAGCAUAUUUACAUCUUAUCUACAACACACAUAGACGUGCUCCGUCUCUGGUUUUCAAGUUGAAGAAUGUUAGAUAAGGAUGUCAGACAAUUCUGCCAGAGCUGUCCAGAGCAGCUCGGUUUAAUCCAGAUCUCAGCCUGAUUCUACCCAGCUCUAUAGGGGUUCAGUCAAAUGUGCUGUGUGCGCUCUGGCCUCCUCUAAUCAAGAGGAGCUGCACUUAAUUACAGCACCAAUGAACCCACAUGGAUUCUCUCAGAUCUGCAUUCACGGGGCUUCACAUAGGAAAAGUCUGUUGAAAUCGUAAUCAGCAGGCAAUGGUUGUUAAACGCAGACUCACAGAUAUCAACCCCCUUCAGAAUAAGCCAAAUGCUGCUGAACCGAACACUCAACAAACAGCUCACACACACCCACACAAACCCACACACAGACACACACAGCUGGUAUAACAGGGUUAUAACGUACAAGAUGACUAGUUUUUUUAUGUAUAUGUGAUCCUGACAGCAUCAGGAAGCAUGAGCUUACUCAGAGUGAAAACACACCCUAUCAGCAGGAAAGUAUUAUUAUUGGUGACAGUUCAGCAUCUCUGUCUCCUUUGUCCUUCAGGUGUAGCCAUUGUAGAAGAUUCUCACCUCUCCACACUCGUCUCCUCUUAGCCACAGAGAGGCAAAGUCUGGAAAAACAAAACCCUCAUUUGACAGGCUGGGUUUUGUUUUGUCUAAUACUGUUACGUAAAACAGCAUAGAUACAGGUGGAGGAAUUUUGACUUCUACGUUGGCUACCAUUAUUACAACACCCAUGGAACCUGACCAUAACAACACAUAACUACAACAACAAUAACUGCCACAGCGCUUGUGUUUUGAAGCGAGGAUGUGGUGAGGUAACAUUACGACCCACGGAAUCCUCCUUUGGGUGGUUGUUACCAUUCAUGUGUUGCUAAGACAUGCAAAUGUAAUCUUGGUUUCAAUAUUCAGUGUUCAGAGUAGCCUGACUUUGUAGACAGUGGUAUUAGAAAAGGCCUCCCAUUCAUGGCCUUAACAUGUGGUAGCAAAGACUAAGGCUGCACAGCACUGGCAGGAAAAAAACAAACAAACAAACAAAAAAAAAACAUAUAACACAUUUUUGGCUGAAUUUACUCCUGUUUCGGGUCAGAUUUUAACCCGGGAACAGCACUGUAGUACUUUACAAAACAAAUCAUAUUUUAGAUUUUUUCCUUGAUACUGUGCAGCCUUGGCAUACAUAACCUGGUUAUUAUUCUAUAUUUACAGUGUGGCUUCAAUGCCCUCUCCUUCCGCUUCAUAGAUACUGUAGACUGGAGUCUUUUGCAGGUUCUUUUUUUGUUAUCAGUAUCCACUAGAAUACAACUUCAAAGCAUCACUGUCCUCUGUGUGGUGCGCUGGUGUGGGUGUUUGCUCACAGCCCAGUUUGUGCGCUGAUGAUCUUUCAAUUUUGCAACUCUUGUCAGGUCAGAUGUCCACAUGAUGUGAGAUCUAGAUUGGAUUUUUUUUAUUUCUUCUCUGGGUUUAAUCUGUAACAUCAGUCAUGGCACUUCAAAUUUCUAGCCUCGGAGUAAAGCGUCAUUGUCGGCAUCGGCAGAAGAUCUGGUGGAAUACUGGAGGUUAGGUUCUUCUGUCAAACAGUUUAGAGUGCAUAACCAUAUGGAUAAAUAUACAUGCAUACAGUUUUGUAAAUGCUGAUACAUACAUACAGCAAACCCCCCCCCCAAUCCGGAAUUGGCACGAAUGCUCUGUCUCAGAAAUAAGCUGGUGGGCAUCAUGCAUGUAAUAUGAGAUCGGAAACACACCUACACACAGUGAUGCAUUCCACCUAGACUUCUGCUGAAAAGCUGGUUAAAGGCCAACACUGAUUGCUGCGGGCGAUCGGAGCCCCUCCUGUAAUUCACACAGUUGCUGUCUGUACUGACACUGUUGUAAAAACCCUUGGAAAGACAUCACUGCGCCAGCAGGGCUGGGUUCCUCAGAACUUCCUCGACUGAGCAAAGAUCAUGUUUCAAUCUUUUUAUAUUCGCAGGGAGGCAGGUUAGUAACCGGCAGUUUGUUUGCAACAAAACAUCCAUUUGAUUUGAACAGAAAAAAAACUCAAGAAGCUGCACCUGCUGGAUUUGGCUUCUGCAAUUUUAAGCCAAAAAUUGGUUGUUGCACUGAAGUGGUUUUGAGGAACCAGAAGGACGUGAGGAUAGGAUGUCUCUCUUCCUCUGUGGUUGUUCGUUCAUCCAAUAAGAAAGUGGUUUGAAGCUGUCCUAAGGUCAGUAAAGCCAGGAUUGGCAAAUGCUCUAGAUUCUUUGAUGAUAAAUAUUAUCGAGUGCGUCAUCUUCCUUCCCAAGCCACUUUUUUUUCCCACAAAGUGAGCAUUUUGUUUUAACAAGUCUGUGGACACAAAUAUGAAAGCAGAUAUUAUCUGUGCUACAGAGAUAAUAUAAAUAUAUAAAAUAUAAAUGAAAUAAAUACAUUUUGAUUUUUAAGUCUUUGAAUGUAUCCAGAUCUGAAAUUUCAACCAAAGUUGAAUUAAUUGUUAACCUGAGACUGACACUGUUAUAGCAUUUGGAGUUGCAGACCGACCCACUUUGUGCUGUUUUUGAUAUCACUGUCCAAUCCUUGCUUUAUUGUCCUUUGCCAGCCAGACAAACCCACCCACCUACCGCUGGAGUUUAUACACAUCUACAAUAAUGUAUAAUACUGUUCAAAUACUACUACUAGAAACAUUUUCAUUUUCCGUGUUUUGAAAAAGCCUUUGGAAGCUGUUGUUUUUUCUUUAUAUUUUUCUUUUUCUUUUGUAAUGCUUUAGCUGGCCGCCGUGGCUCGUAUCAGACUAGAAAGCUGACUCAUUAUCUGCUUCCUCUGUUUUUACUGGCGCUUUGCUCUCCUUUCUGUUACAGUAAAGUUUAUGGCUUCAAGGUCUCAAUAUUCACAACCCAGACACACUGCACAGAUUGGAGGUUUAGUCAUGCAAACCGAGCUGCCGUGGAGGAAGAGAAAAGCUCAGUUGUAAAGUCUAAGCUGCUGGAGUCAAGGUGAUUUUAAUCAGAGGGGACUGCUCUCAUUCAUUCAUGAGCUUACACAGAAGCUAAUCAGCAGAUCAAGAUUAGUACAGACAAGUACAGAUGGUGUGGACUUCGAAGAUAGCAAAGUUAAAUACAAAAGGUACAUAACCACGUCUGACAAAACGCUACGCUUGGGCCACAUCUUGCUUUGACUAAUAGCGUUUAGAGUUCAUACGAUUAGUUGAUUAAUCAUUUUGUCAGUCAACAGAGGAGCGCUCUGCACCUACUUUGAUUAUCAAGAGACUAAGUCGUUUUGAGAGAUGCAGUGAUUAGUUGAUUACGUGUUUAAUUUAACUGCAAAAAUGGUGCAUAUCGCCUCCUUCUGACUUCUUUGCGUGAGGAUUUGAUGCAGCUCAAGAUAAAAUGUGACAUCACGAUAAACUGAGAAUGUGUAAUGGGUAUUUUUACAUUAUUUUCUUGACUGAACAAUUGAGAAAUCAAAUUAAAUGUUAGCUAUAGUAGAGCAGUUACAGGAAAUGAGAGGAGAGUGAGAUGAGGAAUGACAUUCAACCAAAGAUCUUGAUGUUUAUAGUUGUUAAAUUACCAAAUUUACCACCUUCUUUUUCAGAGAAAUUCAUAAAUCAUGCUAUGGCUGCAACAAUACUGCUAAGGCUGCUAGUUAUUAUUUUCCUUGUCAUAUUAACCUAUCCGUUUUCAUCCUUUGGUGUCAAACAAGUUUUGAGAACCCCAGGAUGCGUCUUCGCGUGCCUCGUUUUGUCCAACCAACAAACAAACACCCAAAGAUGCCACUUCAGAAAAUACAGGAAAGCCGCAAAUCUUCACGUUGCAGAAGCUGAAACCGGAGAAUAUUCUCCAUUAUUUUUUCUUGGGUAAACACCUGUAACAAUAAAGUUGAUUUUCUUUAGCUCCACUUAUAAGUUAAUUAACAAAAUGUUUCACAUGACUUGAUGCCUUUCUGAGAAGUUAAGAAGAGCGUUUGGCUCUACCAAAAUGACACCAAGAAAAGCUCUUUUAUGUCUUAAUCAAAGAAAACGUGCAGAAGCACAUGUCCUAAUGGGGGCCAUCAGGACAUGUUUUGUCCUAAUGGCCCCCACCUAUUGUUUUGUUUGUUUGUUUGUUUUAACUCUUUGCCUUUUCAUAGGGCUUCAGUCCAACAUCUCAACAACUUAGCCAGAAACACUUUGGCUCCACUCACUAAAUUUCAAGACAAACAGUGAGAUUACAUCUGCCUCCACAGCAGCUCCAAGAAAUGUUUUUCAAACUAAAUCUCCCAUCUGCACCAACUGCGCACCUUACUCUGCCUCUGCCAUCCAACAUCUUCCUCUUCCCUGUUCACUUUUCCCCCCUCCCAGAACCAGCAAAAUCCCUUCUUCUCCUCCAUCCUGAAUCCCUAAAAAACAAAA